AUGGCAGAUCUCGAGAAGACAGCCAGCACGGGCAUUCCGCUCGGCAAGCGCGAAUCGCACAAGACCCACCACCCAGAAGAAGGUGCAGGAUCGAAAGCUGGCCUCGACCUCGCCACUUCUCCUGCAUCCUCUGCUGCUGGCGAUCAUCGGCCGGGCAAUGCUCAAACGUCCAGCGCCGUCUCGAGCGCCGUGUCGGAAGUAGAUGGCAGUGAGAAGCUUGCAAUGUCGUCUGCCCCCAUCAUUACCCAUCACGCCGAGCUUGGUUCUAAGCUUCAAGAAGCAAUCAAGCCAAUCGUGCCCUCGACGGAAGCUGCACAGUCGGGCCAAGUCAAUGGAUCUUCCAAUCACUCAAGCGCAAGUAGCACGCCCCAGCUGCCAGAGAGCAACUCGAGCAACUUUCUCUCGGCAACAAACUUGCGCAAGGCAGGCCUCUCAAUUGGUCACGGCCAGCAUCCUCACCAUCAGAAUCUGCACCAGCACCUGCUCAAAACGCCAGAGAAAGGUAUGAGUAGCAACGCUACACCUGGUGCCAGCGUGUCUGCCAGCAGCGAUGCAGGCGGUUCUUCCGUCGCUGCCGACAUACCUGCAGCUCGUGGUCCACCACCUGCACCCAGUGCUACAUUCGCUCGUGAUGCGGAUGAAAGCGUGAGUCCAUCAAGACCAGUCGGAACCCCUCGCUCUGCCUCUCAAGCUGCGCAGGGCGAUAAUGUCAAGGCGCCCGUGGCAGCUCGCUCUCAGUCUGCAAAUCAGAGCUCUGCCGCCGUCAUGGCGCCUCCGCCGCCACCUUCACCUCGUCCGCCCAACGACAGGCAACGAUCCGUAUUCGGUAAACUGUUCCAGGGAUCUGAUGCUCGGCGUGAAGCGGCAGCCCACAAGUCUGGCGCGGAGUCGGGCGCAGAAUCUGACAGUGGCUUCCGCUUGAGGCGAAAGAGCAAAUCCGAAGCGCACCAUCCGCCCGAGGCUUCCAUGGCUGCCUUGGAAAUUCGUGAUUCGUUGGCAGCAGAGCAAGGCUCAGCUAUCGCUAACGAUCACAAAGCUGCGCCUUCAAAGCCUGCGCUGUCUCGUCGUGAGUCCACAUCAGAGAAGGACAAGCAAGCGCUUUCUCGUCAACCCAGUACGAGCAAAAAGUCCGAGUCGAAAGAGGGCGGUGUGGCUAAUACUCUCAAGGACCUUGUCGACCGACAUGCGCCUAAGAUGGCCCGCAAAUCUAGCGUCACGUCCAAGCGCUCAGACGAUGGCAAAUCGGAUGGCGAGAGCCACUACGAAGGCUCGCGCAAAGGUCCCGCGUCGACCACGUCGCUACUGAAGAAGUACGGCGUCUGCGAAAAGGUCGCUAUCGGCAAAGGUGCGACUGCGGUCGUUCGUCUUGCGCACAAGUGGGACCGUACAAACGAGCGGCUCUACGCUGUAAAGGAGUUCCGCAAACGUAGAAAAAACGAGACUGAGAAGGAAUACGUCAAGAAGCUCACGUCAGAGUUCUGCAUCUCGUCGACCUUGCAUCACGCAAACGUCGUAGAGACAGUCGAUCUUGUUCAAGACGAGCAGCAACAUUGGUGUGAAGUCAUGGAAUACUGCCCUGGCGGUGAUCUUUACGGUGCGAUCAAGAAGGGCAACAUGUCCACGCCCACCAUCAAUUCGUACUUCAAGGAGAUGAUCCACGGCAUCAAUUACUUGCACAGCAUGGGCGUUGCACAUCGCGACAUCAAGCCCGAAAAUUUGUUGCUUGACGCAUUCGGACACGUCAAGAUCACAGACUUUGGCGUUUCCGACGUCUUCAGGAUGUGUUGGGAGAAGCAGACGCACAUGUCCAAAGGCCUUUGUGGCUCUGAGCCCUACAUCGCACCUGAACAAUUCGACAACAAAGAGUACGAUGCGCGUCUGGUCGAUGUAUGGGCUGCCGCCGUUGUUUUCUACUGUCUCGUGUUUCAAGAACUGCCAUGGAGGGUAGCUCGCCUAUCAGAUCCAUCUUAUCAAUCCUACGUCAGCGCGUACGCAGAAUCGCCCAGUCCGCCACCCUUGGGCAACGUCUCGCCGCGAGAAUGUCGAUCGUUGGUCAAACACAUGCUCGACCCUAACAUCAAGACGAGAUAUAACACUGAGAGCGUCAUGAACGACGAAUGGUUCAAGAGCAUCACGAUCCUCGAAUCUAGGCCGAUAGAGAAGUAG